AUGUCAAACCUGCUCCUGAGGUGGAAAUUGCCUUCAGCUGUGGAGAUAAAGUGGCUAGCAAGACGGUCCCACUGCAAGUUGAACAAUCUGGCAACCUCGCACGCUAGGAAAUGGCAUCAUUUCCCGACACCUCACCCGAGAUACCACCCGGGGCUCAUAGAGAUUCUGCGCCUCUCUCUAGAGCUGCUCCACCUGGUGGAGCGCUAUUGCCCACCUAGACCCCACCUGGUGGAGCGCUAUUGCCCACCUAGACCCCACCUUGUGGAGCGCUAUUGCCCACCUAGACCCCACCUGGUGGAGCGCUAUUGCCCACCUAGACCACACCUGGUGGAGCGCUAUUGCCCACCUAGACCCCACCUGGUGGAGCGCUAUUGCCCACCUAGACCCCACCUGGUGGAGCGCUAUUGCCCACCUAGACCCCACCUUGUGGAGCGCUAUUGCCCACCUAGACCCCACCUGGUGGAGCGCCAUUGCCCACCUAGACCCCACCUUGUGGAGCGCUAUUGCCCACCUAGACCCCACCUGGUGGAGCGCUAUUGCCCACCUAGACCACACCUGGUGGAGCGAUAUUUUCCACCUAGACCCCACCUGGUGGAGCGCUAUUGCCCACCUAGACCACACCUGGUGGAGCGCUAUUGCCCACCUAGACCCCACCUGGUGGAGCGCUAUUGCCCACCUAGACCCCACCUUGUGGAGCGCUAUUGCCCACCUAGACCCCACCUUGUGGAGCGCUAUUGCCCACCUAGACCCCACCUGGUGGAGCGCUAUUGCCCACCUAGACCACACCUGGUGGAGCGCUAUUGCCCACCUAGACCCCACCUGGUGGAGCGCUAUUGCCCACCUAGACCCCACCUUUUGGAGCCCUAUUGCCCACCUAGACCACACCUGGUGGAGCGCUAUUGCCCACCUAGACCCCACCUGGUGGAGCGCUAUUGCCCACCUAGACCCCACCUUGUGGAGCGCUAUUGCCCACCUAGACCCCACCUGGUGGAGCGCUAUUGCCCACCUAGACCCCACCUGGUGGAGCGCUAUUGCCCACCUAGACCCCACCUUGUGGAGCGCUAUUGCCCACCUAGACCCCACCUGGUGGAGCGCUAUUGCCCACCUAGACCACACCUGGUGAAGCGCUAUUGCCCACCUAGACCCCACCUGGUGGAGCGCUAUUGCCCACCUAGACCCCACCUUGUGGAGCGCUAUUGCCCACCUAGACCACACCUGGUGGAGCGCUAUUGCCCACCUAGACCCCACCUUGUGGAGCGCUAUUGCCCACCUAGACCCCACCUGGUGGAGCGCUAUUGCCCACCUAGACCACACCUGGUGGAGCGCUAUUGCCCACCUAGACCCCACCUUGUGGAGCCCUAUUGCCCACCUAGACCACAUCUGGUGGAGCUCUAUUGCCCACCUAGACCACACCUGGUGGAGCGCUAUUGCCCACCUAGACCCCACCUGGUGGAGCGCUAUUGCCCACCUAGACCCCACCUUGUGGAGCGCUAUUGCCCACCUAGACCCCACCUGGUGGAGCGCUAUUGCCCACCUAGACCACACCUGGUGGAGCGCUAUUGCCCACCUAGACCCCACCUGGUGGAGCGCUAUUGCCCACCUAGACCCCACCUGGUGGAGCGCUAUUGCCCUCCAAGACCCCACCUGGUGGAGUGCUAUUGCCCACCUAGACCCCACCUUGUGGAGCGCUAUUGCCCACCUAGACCACACCUGGUGGAGCGCUAUUGUCCACCUAGACUCCACCUUGUGGAGCGCUAUUUCCCUACCUAG